ACUAAAGUAUCUCCUAGACGCGAAUGGAUAUAUUCUCUCGGAUGUUUUAUGGCUAAUUCUGUUUGAAAGCAGAUGUUUAAUUAGUGCUUAACAGCAAUUUAUAGAGACAAAGAGCAAGUAUGUUUAUUUGUCGAUAUAAAAAUAGCAACUUAAGAAAAUGUUCUGACAACAACAAUAUAGCGGUGGUACAUAGCUUCAUGUACAAGUUAACUAAAUGCCAGUGAGUCGCUGUCGUUUGAAAAUGGAUGCUAAUUAUGAUACAAUUAUGCUUGAGCUAAAUAACCAAGUCAUAUUUGAUGCUGAUGAAACUAAAGAAGAGCAGAAGAGUUUUUUGUUUGACGAGAAGGACUCGGGUGAUAUACCCCUAUCUCUGCUUAGCUACUUUGAAACCUCAAAGAGCAGAGCAGCAGUUUGUGAGAAGCUCAUCCUUGAGGAAAUUGAAGACUUCACUGCAUCACAUCACACUGACGACACAAUGAACUUGCCAUUUGAACUUGAUAAGGACAAGAGGAAACUAAAAGAGCAGGUCACUGGUGACACAGAAAAUGAAGAGAACAACACUUCUACUGACACCCGUCUCCUUCCUGUACCCACAGAACCACUUUUUGCUCAAAAUGUGUCAGUGUGUCCCGACAAUGAAGUUGAAACUGGAACACAUGAAUAUACGGAGAGUGAAAAGCAUUUCGCAUUUGAAUACGAGGCAGAGCAAGAAAAACGACACUGUGAGAAGAAGGAGGAGGAAAGGAGACAAAUAGAAAGAGACUUCCAGAAGGAGCUGAAGAAGAUAAUGGAGGCAGAGAAGCUGCAUCAGAAGGAAUAUGAGUUGAUGGGGAAAAGAGCUCAGGAAAAACUUGAACAGGAGUUGCUGCUGCAACAGGAACUGAUCAGCAACUUACAGAGACGAGUGGAGGACGAGAGGAGGAUGAGGAAAGAGGAGCAGAAGAGGAUAAAGAAUGAGGAGGACAAGAGGAAAAGGGAAGAGGAGAAAAUCAAGAUAGAGGCCGAGAGGAAACGAAUGGAGGAAGAGACAAGGCGGAAUAAAGAGGAAGAGAGAAAAAUAGAAGAGAUGACACUUAAAAAAGAAGAGGAGAGGAAACAUAAGGAAGAAGAAAAGAGGAGAAUGGAGAGGGAGGAAAAGAGGAAGAGAGAAGAGGAAAGAGUUAAUACAGAUUUGGAAAAGAAGAAGCUAGAGGAUGGGAUGAGAAUGAUAAAGGAGAAAGAAGAGAGGAAAAGGGAGGAUAUGAGGAGGAAGAGGGAGAAGGAAAGAAAAGAGACAGAAGAGGCAAGGAAAAAGAUGGAGAAAGAGAAGAGAAAAAUGGAGGAAGAAAUAAGCCUGAAGGAAGAGGAGGAGGAGAGAAAAACGAGCAAUAAAGAAUACAUGAGAAUACAAGAGGAGGUGAGAAAGAAGCAGGAUGAGAUGAGGACAAAUAACGAAGAACAGGGGGCUGAUGAAAGAAAAACGAUGGCUCAGGAAAAGCUUAAUGAUGAUGAUGAAAUAACAUUUGUGGAGAGGAAAAAGAAUGAAGAAAAGGACAGGAACAAGACUGAGGAGAAGAGGGAGGUGAAGGAAAUGGUGAGAGAAAAGAAAGGGGAAAACAGAAAACUUAAAGAAGAACUUGGACCCAGGGAAGAGUAUGAGAAGACGAAAACGGACAAUGAAAAGAAAACAAAAGAAGAAGAGCAGAAGAUGAAGCAAAAGGACGAAGUGUAUUACAAAAUGAGGCUUGAAGAGGAUCAGGAUGGCUAUAAAGGCUGCGAUGUGUACAACAGAAAGUUGGAGCAGAAGAGCAAAACAAAAGAAAAGAAACAGGAGGAGACGAGCAAAAGGGAGGAGGAGAUCAAAAAUGUGGAGGAAGAGAAGCAGCUGAGGGGAGAAUUUAAAGAGGUUCCCGAAAAAAACGAAGAAGAAAUUAGACUCAAACUAAAGGAGGGCAGCCAAAAGAGAGUGGUGCGCGACAGGGAAAAGGACGUAAGAGCAAAUGAGCUGCAAGAGAGAAGAGAAAAUAACAGCACGAAUAAAGAUAAAACAGAAAACUCCCUGGUCUCACAACUACAAGACAGCAACAGCUGGACUUCCUCAAGUCCUGGUCUUUUACAAAGCGAGUCUACAGUCAGGCCCCCACGUACUGAAACCAUACUUCAACAACAUCACCCAGAAGUCAGUCAGACCUUCCUAGAUAAAACUGUGGACUACGAAAUUCAAGCAGCAAGGCCUCCCCCUGUGUUUUUACCCGUGUGCCUCCCAGUACACACAGAGAAGAAGAGGCUGUCAUGGAUGAAAGAAUGCAUCCCCUGGUCCAAACUCUCCCUCCAGAACAACAGGAAGCAGAAAGCAUCCGUUCGGAGUCGGAGAGGGCUGAGAGGUGCUGGCGAGGCCAACAGUCUGCCACCUGUCUGCCCAAACUCUUUGCUUCAGUUCACAGGCAAGAAAUCCUUGCAAGAGAUGACUACAGUGACCCUGGAAGACCUGCCUGGCUGUAGCUUAAGCACUCUCGCUCAGUGUACUCAACUUCAGUCCCUCACCCUCAGACGUUGUGGCCUUAAAUCCCUGGAAGGCAUCAACCAGAUACCACAGCUCUGCUACAUUGAUGUACAGGAAAACAACAUCUCAUUUGUCAACUGUGAAAAUAUGACUAGUUUACGAGUUCUUCAACUCGGCCACAACAAGCUGACGUCCAUCCAUGGUUUAACUGGUGCUGAAAAUUUGGACGUUCUAGACCUCUCCUACAACUCCAUAACCCGCAUUGCUGGUCUAGAGUCUAUGAGGAGACUGCAGAGGUUGUCACUGGAUCACAACCAUCUUAUCAGCACCAAAGGACUGAGGGACGUGUUCACUCUUCUGCAUCUGAACUGCUCACACAAUCACCUGGCAAGUGUGGAGGGUCUGGAGAACAGCGCUCUGCUCAGCACACUGGACCUGAGAGCCAACAAUCUUACUGAGCCCCCCAGUCUGAACAACCAGGUCCUCCUCCGAGAGCUGCAUCUAGACGACAACAGCAUCUCCUCACUGCAGGGCCUCACUGCUUGCUGGCUCCCUCUCAUGCAACAUCUCUCUUUGGCCCAAAACAGAAUUACCCAGCUGCCCUCCAUGUCUGAUUCUGUGUCCCUUGCGAAUCUGGAUCUUCGAUUUAACUGCAUGUCAGAGCUCCAGAAUGUGUGUGAAAGUCUGGAGGGAUGUCAAUCCCUGCGAGAGGUCCACCUCACAGGAAAUCCUCUUCAGCAGGAGAGAAGGUGGAGAUCCACUCUGCAGAAAGCAGUGCCUGGGCUGAGGGCCACCGGUGACCAGGAGACAGACUCUUUUCUACCGCCCCCUGCUGUUCAAGAGGUCAACCUGGCUCCGGGCAGCUUCCUAGCGUUCUGCGAGGCUCAGCUUCGGCAGACUGGUGAUUUACAGCAGCGGCACAGCAGGGAGCUCAGUAAUACCUCAUCUUCCCUGGAUGCUGUAAAGACCUCCUGCCGACACUUUGCUGAGGCUCUGCAGCUGGCUAAGGACCAGAGAUUUGCACAUGAAUAUGGUGACACCACUGUGGCUGCCAAACCCAAGGCUGCACGCCAGACAAAACCUGAGGAAAGUCUUGGACACAUGGACAGCGCCAAUGCUGACAAGUGUACUGAGUGCCCAGAAAUGGAGUCCACUGGAAAAGUCCAACAAGUUCUUCCAAACAUGGACAAUGUUGGAUACAAAUACUGGACUUUUGAGGAGAAGUUAGCUGCAGAGAGUCAGCAUUAUUCUUUCGAUACUCUUGCAGGAGGUUCAAAGACAGAGACAACAAUUUGCAGAGUUAAUUCUGACAGUGUUCACUCCUCUGCAACAAAGGGAAAGCCAACUUCCUCCGAUAACGAAAUGGCACUGGGCCUCCAAAACACAGCAGCAGUCGUGAUUCAGCAGCUGUGGAGGAAAUAUAGACUGAAAUGUGAGAACAUCAGCAGCCUUUCCACAGCUGAGAAAGGAGGAGGAAGUGGUGGAGAAGGAGGAAAGCCAGCGUUAAGACCUUCCUAUAUUAAUGGGAGCAUUGUUGGCCAAGAAUAUGCAGCAACUGUCAUCCAGGCUUUUUGGAGAGGCUUCACUCUGAGGAGGAGGCUGGCAUCUGCUCUGGCUGCUGUCACAUGCCUCAACACCGGAGAGGAUGACACCUUUGAGCAGGUGGACAUGGAUGAAUUUGUUUUUGAUGAGGCAGCACUGGAGAAACACUGGACAUUGUCGCUAAUUGAGGACUCACCUCCAAGACGUGGCCCUGUGUCUGAGCAGCCGCUGUCUCUAAAGCCUCUUGAACCCUUCCAGUACAUACUCCCACCAUCGCUUGUAUUGAGGCCAAAGCAGGCCUGGGUGCCCGGAGAACAGGUGGACUCUGCUGGUCAGAGGGUGUCCCCAGAGAGUCCAAUCAGAGGCCAAUCUCCUGCUUCAACCUCAAUGCUCAGCGGUCUGUCUGAAAGAUCAGAAAAGAUUCUGGAAGAAUGGGGCUUCACCGACAGCCACACAGCUCUUCUGAUGCUCAAGAGAGCUCAGAAGAUGAAGUCAACGAAGCAACAGCAGAAGAAACGUAGAGAUCCCUCUGUCCGUCUUGCCUUGUUUAGAAACUGCAGUCACCAGCUUGGUCCAGUGGAGGCACAAAACAGACCAUCAAAACACAGCAGGAAUUAUAUAAGAGUUGGUGAAGCCGAGCUGGGCCUUCAGCAGGCAGAGAAGGUGGAGCGAGUGACGCAGGAGCGAGCUGAGCAGUGGCUGCGCACCCAGGCUGCUCCCUCUGACAGGGACUCAGAGAGCGAGCAUUUCUUACCAGAGAUCAGCGCUGACAUUCUCAACGGUGGCAGAGUGCAGCUUGUGGCUGACCCAGGAUAUACAGAAGGUCUACAUCAGGCCAAUGGAUUGUGGGCCAACGGGUUGUGUGCCAACAGCAUUUUAGCUGCCCAGCCUUGCAAAGAGAACAAUUAUCCUCGCAGAAACUCUUUGGGUCGUGCAAGAAAGGAGGUUCCAUCUCCUCAGCGAGUCACAUCAGCUCCAUCAAAAAAGGAGCGCAUCUCCUACCGAGACCACCCUGUCCAGUUGAGUGGCGGCUGGGGAGGGGGCAAGAAGCGAGACAAAGUGUACAAGUAAAACACAAACUCUUCUACUACCACGUCACCUUCUUUUGCUGUCCUUAUCCAACACCCAGAGCAACUUAAAGACAGAUACAUUUGGUAUUUUUCCCUCUUCUAAUACAUAUCU